GCGAGCGGCAGAGAGAGGGAGAGAGAGAGAUGCUAACGGGCAGCAAUAAAUCCCUCCCUCCCAUCCUCCACGCUGCCCCCAUUCACAAGGAGCGCCGGGGACCAGCCCGCAUUCACAACCCGGAGCCGGGCAGCCCUCCCGGGCUCUGCCUCGCUGCCCCCGCGGGCGGCCCGGCCCGGCCCCGCUCCCGCUCCCCGGGGCGCGGAGCACGGCGCGGUUGCGGGGCCGGGCGGGCGGGCGGUGCCCCGCGUCCAUGCCCGCCGCCGGCCGCCCCUAGGCAGCCCCGCUCCGCUCCGGGCCGGCCGGUGUCCCGGGGCCGGGCUCGGCGCUCCGCGGGCGGAUGGACCGGCGGAGGCGGCGGCGGCGGGGAUUUUUAGAUGUGCCCUGAUGCCGCAGGGUCUCCUCGCUCCUGGAAAUGCAGCUCUCUUCCAGUGUGGCUGAACUCAGCUGUGACGAGACGAUGGACCCACCCGCUGAGGACUUCCAGCAGGUCCUGUCCAUUGACCAAAUCCGCUCCAUCCGUGCCAGCAACAACUACGUGGAGAGACCGGCCGUCUGCUUCCAGCAAGCCCGCUCCAACCCAUCCCUGUCGCAGCCACCGCACAAGCAAGAGUGGUCCCAGGACCGCUUGGUGUCUUCCACCUUCCAGGACCUGCACCGCAGCCACAGCCAACAGCACCAGAUGCCACCUCUGCAGCAGCACAUGAGCCACUCCAGCACAGCCAGCUCCGUCUCCCAAAGCACCACCGCCUCCGACCAGCGCCUCCUGAGCAGCCUCACGCCUUCCCACUCCGGGCACUCCCUCAUCCGGACGCAGCCCCGGGCCGGCGAGCUGAAACCGGAGGAAUCGCCGCUGAAGGGGGUGGCGGAGAAGCCCACCCUCCACACCGGCCACCUCUUCAUCUGCGAGGAGUGCGGGCGAUGCAAGUGUGCCCGUUGCACGGCCGCCCGCAGCCUGCCCUCCUGCUGGCUCUGCAACCAGCGCUGCCUCUGCUCCCCCGAGAGCCUCCUCGACUACGGGACUUGCCUCUGCUGCGUCAAGGGUCUCUUCUACCACUGCUCCACCGACGACGAGGACACCUGCGCCGACGACCCCUGCUCCUGCGGGCCGGGGUCCUGCUGCGCCCGCUGGGCUGCCAUGAGCUUCCUCUCUCUCCUCAUGCCCUGCCUCUGCUGCUACUUUCCUACCCUGGGGUGCCUCAAACUUUGCCAGCGGGGUUACGACGGUCUGAAACGACCCGGCUGCCGCUGCCAGAGCCACACCAACACGGUCUGCAGAAAGAUCUCCUCCUCCAGCGGCACGCCUUUCCCCAAGACGCUGGAUAAGCCGGUAUGACCCUCCCGGGGAGGAGAAGCAGGCUUUACUCCUCUUCCUCCUCCUCCUCCUCUCCGCUCCAUCCCCCUUCUCCUUCGUCUCCCCUUGCUCUGCAGCACUCCCCCCUGCCCACCAUCACCUCCUGGGAAUGAGAUGGGUGAACUGGGGGUCCCCCGGUCCGGCAGGAAGGCGGCUGGCUGACCAGCUGGUGGGGGAACGGCGGUUUUGCACACCCCGGCGAGGGAGCGGGAGAGGCAGAGAGCUGCGGGUGCCCUCCCUGGACCUUCCCCGUGGGGAAGGGCGACCCAGGGCUGGGCUGGGGGGGGACACAACACCUCUGGACUCUGCUCUCAGAGGGUUUGAGGACCUGCCGCUGCCCCACGGUGUGGUCCCUCCCGAUGCGGGGAAGAGGCAGGUCGGCGCAUCCCCUGUGCAAGAGUCCUCCAGGAGCCAGACCUCCUUCCCUCUCUUCCUCUCUCUCUCUCCAGCACUUUUCAUGGGUGGUCUCUCUCCUCUCAUGUGGCAGUAGGUCUGCUUUCCCCAAGGCGCUGGUGUGCCGUGGGGUCCCACCAGUGGCAGUGGCUUCCCUCUGGGCUUGGAAGUUGCUGGGAGAAGCAAGCAAGCUUCAAAAUGAGGUGGCAUCGUAUUUUUCUGUCUCAAAGAGGAAGGGAAGGUGUGGGAAGCUUUAGAAACCUUCUGGCAGGGGAAGGAGCUAUCGGAGGCAGCCCAGCCCACUCGCUUCUGCCCGACUGCAGCGAGGGAAAGGUCCCCUCUGGGAUUUGGCUGAGAACAAGAAGCUGGUUUGAAAUUGCCAUUCAUUUCUCAAUGCCUUGAAGGGCUGCCUCCAGAGCACAAACCCUGGUGGGAUGGGAGCUGCCGCCCAGCUCCACCCCACCACCGAGCAGAUGCCACAGGCACCGGCUCCGUGCUCGAGCCCCCGAUCUGGUACCUUCCACCAGCACUGAAUUCACUUUAAAAAAAAAAAAAAAACAAAACACCAAACCACCCCAAACACAACUGCCAACAACUGCCGCUCGCACUGCUCUUGUGUCAACUAGCACCGCUCCUGGGGACUUCUGCAGCUCCUGCUUUGGGCUGGAGGGAAGCAGAGAGCAGAAGGGGGUGUCAAAAGACGGGGAGCCUGACCUUCCCUCCCUGCAGAAGCUGCCUUUGCAUCCUCACCUCACUUUCCUUGCCCGCCCCGGCGUGUCACGCCGACACCAGCGUCACGCCGGCAAGCAAACCCUGCCGGCACUGCUGAAGGGUGUUCUGCAACAGCAGACGCCGGCGGCAAACUGGAGAUGGGUCUGAACCAAGCCCUGGGGCUGGACCGUCUGCAGACCAGAAGGAAAUCUGGGUGGGGGUCAGGGCUGCACGGUUUACUUGCUGUGAUGAUGAUGAUAAGCCAAACCCUACGGUUGCAGGGAGUUCCUCCUGGUCCUGGACUCAGCCCCAUCUCCUCUUGCAAGCGCGCGGCGCCAGCUCUCAGUUGUGACCCUGCUGGCAUCGGUCGGGGGAGUGUGGAGCCGGGAUGGUGUCCCAGGGCUCGGCUCUGCCCGCCUGUCCCUCCUACGAGGGGUGUGAGCACAGAGGGAAGCGAAUGGUUCCUCCGGAGAAAUAUAUGCAACAUGUCCCUUGGCUUCCUCCAAGACCCCGCUGUCCAGGGCUCAUCCCUUCCCUCCGCCACCUCUUUGCGUAGAGUUCUGUGGAUCUAUUUUUGUAUAUAUAAAUAUAACGUUAGGAUGGCUAGGUCUAUUACUAAUAAUAUUCACGAUACUGCUGUGAACGGUGCCAGGUGCGAGGUUUGGCUUCCUGGUGCACUUGCACAUGCUGGAAGAUGAUGUCCCAGUCUGUUUAUUGCUACUCCCAGACCUUUAGUUCCUAGGUAGUCGGGAGAGGGGGGAAAGGGAGGUUUACAGAUUGUCCUGGGGGGGGUCUGCUUUGCAGAGAGAGGGUGCGAUUUAGUGCUGGCUGUGGGGGGAGGCAGGAGGUAGGCUCUCACGAUGGGAUUCCUCUUUCUGUACAUGUGCUAUCUAAAAAUCGCGGCUGAUCCAAGCUCCCUCUCUUGCAGAGAAAAGCGGUUCCAGAGAGUGAUUCAUCCUGCUUGAAAACAUUAUUCAUUAGAUUAUGUUCUGGUGGUGCCUGUUUCCCUUGACCUAAAUGGGACCCAAACGUUGAACUUGCGGUUCCUGUGGACGGGGAGAUGAAUCCCAUCCCUGGUGGGAAGUUUGUGCCUGGGGCACAUUACGGACCUGACCGAAAUGCUCACCCUGAUUUCACCUGGAGCCUAGGGGAGGGGUGGGUGUUGAAAGAUGCUUCCUCUGGCCAAAGAUGGAGAGCCCGCUCCCAUAAGCUGUGGGAAUUCAGGACGAUGCUCUGGGUUACAGUCGGGAUCUCCCGGCAUUCGGACGGGAGAGGGCUGCGCCUGUGCAGUUUGCGCAUCCUCUGAGGCCAGACUCUGAAAUCGGUUGGGUUUCAAGGCAAUGCCCUUCUCAGAGGAUGCCCCGUAGGUGCGUGUACCCCCAUAAGAUCGGUCCGUGUCUCUGUGGCAGCAGUUAUAAAAUAUACUGCAAACAUACUUAUCCAUAUGCCAAUAGUUGCUUGGCUCCCUACUUCCAAGCGAUGCUGGGGGGAGAGACUUCCACCAAGAGGCACCCUUCCUUUUGAACGCUCGGUUCACUUUUCUAUUGGUGCUGAUUAAACUCCUUCAUUCCUAAAAAAUGUCAAACUUUUUUAGGGAAAAAUGGUCCCUUUUUCACUGAGGAUUUGAGGAACUGUCUCACUUGAAUGGGAAUGUGAAAUAGUUCAUUGAAACUUUUUAAAGAAAACUAAUGAACAGAAUUUUCCAACUUGCUCUACUUUGAUUUUUUUUUUUCUCCUCCUUUUUUUAAAUGGAUCCUACUUGUAAAUUUAGUUACCACCUCUGUAUCUUUGCAAUUCAUUGCUUCCUCUCCUGAUGGUGGAAUGACUCAACAUGUGAGGCUUCAUCAUUUUCACAGCCUCCGAAGUCAUGCAAGCACGGGGUGACCUCCCCCAGGUGCUGGAGCUGUAGGAUGAGAAGAUGGCUGUCCACAUCCCAGCUCCCCGGAGCCAGUUUUGCUUGGCACUAGCACGGCGAGGCGGAGCCCUUGCACUACUAUUGCAGCAUAUUUACCUUCGGUAGCUGGUAGGAGGCCAGGACGCCUGCCAGUAGCCUUCUGCCUAAUGGGCUUUUUCUGGGUCGGUGCAGAAGUCCCAUUUCUACCGGGGAAUCGUGCCAUCGCCUGGGUGCAGGGCUGAGUCGUCCCUCCAGGUCUCUUGGAUGUCUCUCAUCUCCAAGAAAUGACAAACCCGCGAGACGUAUUUUACAAAAUACGGGGCGCGUAGGAGGGAAUUGGGGAGGAGGAGAACCCUGGAUGGGUGCUGAGGGUGCUCAGACCAGCGCAGGGCUUUGGUUUGACUGUGCUGAGGGCAAAGCCACAUCCCAGCCUUGCAGCCGCAUGGGCUAGAGAAGUGCAGAGGUGUUAGCCCCCACCCUGCUCGUCGGUGGCUUCACGUGGGGUUCCUGCCUCCCACCCCAUCUGGGGGGCCCUCAGCGAGCUCCCACUCCUCGCUCUCAGCAGAAAGGACGGGUUGGGACUUGCCAAAAGCUCUCUGAGGAGGCCAGCUCUGGUUCACUGAGCUCAUCUGGUGUCAGGAAGGCUGCAGGGAGCCUCCGAUUGUGGUUUCUUUCCUGAGCUUUUCCUAACAUCUUCAGACCAGAUCCAUCCUGCUCCCUCCCCACCUCCGGCUGCCAGAUAGUUUGGUUUCCCUGCAGAGAGGACUCCAAUUUUGGUUGGGGUUGUGAGCCCCUUUCCUGCCCCACCCUGUAAUGAGUCAGAUAACAUCUGCUCCAGAUGUUUGUUUGCAGCUGCUUGUCCCGGCAGUUUGGGUUUCUCUCUGUCCUGACGUGUCUUUUUGGUUUUCUUAUGGGAGAGUCGCAUGUUGAGUCCUCCGUUUUCCCUGCGCCCCUGUGAGUUGACAAGGAUGGAUCUGCUUUGCGAGGGAACGUUGCUCUGUGUUGUGUGUCUCUACCUGUUGUGGGCUCCCUUGCCAGGAAACAUGCAGAUUUAGGGCAGAUUUAGACAUGGAAAGGGAGACUCAGGUGCCAAAGGAGCAGGAGGCAGGAGCUACUGAGUAGGACCUGAGGUCCCCCCGCUCUGCUCCCCAUUCAGGAGCCUCCUCUUCCCACCCAGACCUCCAAAGCUCCGUCCACGCAUGAGCUCCCGCUGGUGCUUGCUUUCUCCAAGGCUUCCCUUGGUCCUGCUCCCCUCCUUCCCUACUGGCAAAUGUGUGGUCAGUCCCAGCGCUGGUAGCGGGGGGGUCACUGGGGACUGAGGUGGAGUCUCCCUUCCAUCCCAACUCCCCCAAACCUCCUGGUGGAAGGGCAGAAGUGGUCCUUGGAGUGCUGUCCACUCGUCCCUGAGAAAUCUCGGUGCCAGCCAAGUACCUCAAAGAAUAGGGAGGAAGCUCUUUGGGACUCUCAGAUUCCCAUAAAAUCCCAUUGAGUUCGCUUUCCCCCAUCCCCAUAUGUGAACCCAAAGACUGGCGGGGAAGCGUCAUCAACCAAAAGAUGCCAAAGCUCAGAAUAACGGUUUGUGAGCGGCUGCUUUAGUGCAAUAAAGAGGGAUGAGCGGAGGGGUGAGAGGAGCUGCUGCAAGCUUUGCACGGCUGGGCUGCACGGGCAAGGAGCACACCGUGCCCCAAACUUGCUGUUUCCAGCACCCGCUUUGUUAGUUUGUUCUGUCUCUCGCCCUCAGGUGUUUCAAGGCUGGAGAAAGCUGGGAGGUCUUCAGAUAUCAGAAGGUUUAACUUUUAGUGAUCAGCAUGUGAAGAAAGCAGAUAAGGGAUGUACCCCCACCCCAAAGCCCAUUCUUGGUCUUGAAUAGGAUCCAGUUCAGGCUUGUCUCCUUCAAGGAGCCCGCGGAGCCCAGACCUGCGGGAUGCUUGCAGCACUUGGUGCUGCUGGUCGGCAUCUGGUCCACGUGGGCCAAACCGGAGCUGUGAUAUCUUUGGGCUCAGUCUGCUUCGGGGUGUUUCUCAGCGAGCAUCGGGAUCUCUUGCAAAGUCUUUCUCCCUGCUUGCGCAGGUGGGAUCUGUUGUCCUGCUUGGGGUGAUGUUGCGGAAGAAUCCCCAGAUGGCUGAACGCUGCCCUUCCAGGGGGACUGCAGGCAGGAGGGACGCGGGACGGAUGGGAAGAGGUGACGCACCUCCGCGGGGCAGAGCGAACGUGCGAGUGCGGGGCGAGGGGAAGCAGCGUGAGGUCUCUCGCUGGGUUUCUCUCCUGCUGCACCUUCCCGCAGCAUCCCAAGGAGCUUCAGCAUGAGCAGGACCAAACCCACCCUGGUCAGCAGGCCUGGGCACUGGGAGAGGAGGUUUCUCGCACCCUCUGUCCCAACGGCAGCAUCAGCCGAGAGGUGUGUGGUCAUCCUGGAGCCGGUCCCUGCCUUGCCCGUGCUCUGCCCCAUGGGAGCCCCUUGCCCUGCCUUUCCCCCCCGCCCAUCCUUCCCAGCCGUUCCCUCGCGAUGCUCUGCGGACCGGCAGCGGCUGCCGCGGGCUCCUGCUUCCCCGGGUGUCCUCAGCACAAAGUUCUCCUUAGAAGACGGAUCACCCUUGGCUUCAAAGGAGAGUCUCGUACCAAGAACCGAAGCCUCUAAUUCUCCGUUUAAUUGGUACAAAGGCAUUCUGUACAGUGUAUAAAGAGGUCCCUCCCCCAGCUGUCUUGAUUUGGGUUCCUUUCUAUAAGGUAUAAUAUAUGUUUAUAACCUGAUGGCUGUUUUUUGACAAUACUCUUGUACCUUUUAAGGGAAAAAAAAUAAAAAAAAAAAACCAAAGUAUUUAUUUGAAAAGUUUAUUUUAAAGAUAAGAAAAAAAAAACCUAUUUAUUUUAAUGCACCCUCUUCUGUUUGGUUUUCUUCUCUUGCAAAGCUAAUAAAUGUUACUGAAUCACUGCUGAGAUGAAAGAAGUAAUUCUAUGGGUGGCUUCACAAGCCCACUUAGAGCAACUAUUCAAUAAAAA